AGUUGCCAAGGAGCCAGCUCCAUAGCAACCGGAUCUAGAGAGGAAAAAAAAGUUGAAAGAUUUAUUUGUUUGUUUUUGUUUGUUGUUUUAGGGUUACGUAGUGAGGAAGAUGAGGAAGAUGAAGAAUCUCCGCAGCAGAUCAGGAGUUGGACUCGAACUAAAAGUCUCCAGUUAGAAAUGCCUUCAACGCUGAUCGUGAAGCCCAAACCGGCGGAGGCGUCGAAGGGAAGCCGAGCGGCGAGGCCGACAGCGGAGCCGCGGGCGGCGCGCAGCGGCCGGAGCGCGCGGCCGCGGGACAAGAGGGGCCCGGCGGCAGCGGCGGGGACCCAGGGGCCCAAACCGAGGGCCAGGUCCUCAUCCGCUGCCCCCAAACCAGCAGCAGCCAAACCCAGAACCGAGCCGGAGCGCCGCAGGGCCAGAAGCUCCGUGAGGCAGCCGGACGCCCGGGAAGGCGCCGGGUGUCCGGGUCUGAGGGAGAAGCGGGGCCCCGGGCCCGACGGGAGGCCCGCGAUCCAGAGUCACAAGGCGUUCACUGUCAUCCCUCCAAACCCAAAGAAACGGAGAGAAAUCCAGAAAAAGGCGGAGGCGGAGCUAGCCGCUCUGGAGGAGCUGCGCCUGAGCAGAGCCAUGGCCUACGUCUCCAUACACCCCAGCAGCGUCGGCGGCUGCAUGAGUCUGGAGGAAGUGAGGCUGAAGCAGCAACAGGAAAUGAUGCGAGCCAAGACGAAACAGAAACAGGUGAGGAAGCAGCUGGUGGAGGAAACUCCGGUCCUGACCAGGUGACCUGACAGCGCCUCCUACUGGCCUCAGCUGGCAGCUCAACUCCUGCUGAACACAAAGCGUUUCCAUCCAUCAGCAGGAAUAUCCGUUUUAAUCAUUAAAUUAUUCACCUGAA